CUCUACAAAAUUAUACAUCCUAUUAGCUGACUGGCAGUUGAUGCCAUUAGCCUCCACUUUCUAUAUAUAGGCUCUUAACUCCACCUCACUACACAAGAUGUCACCUCCAGAGCCACCUAUAUGGUGGCGUGUGUACGCAUACUGCAGAAAAAUGUCGUCCAAAAGCUCUUUACUAACGUCUUUAGUAUCUUGCUGAUUCUCGCCGUCGGUUCUUUUCUUCCCCAGAUAUUGCUCAUCCACAGGAAACAAACCAUUAAUGGGGUCUCUUUGAUGACCAUCUUGUCGAACUUGAUUAUUGCCACUGAGCAUCUCUCGAUCUAUAUAUUCUUACUCUUUGUUGUGUAUGAACAAGAUGGCCACCCUUCUUUCUUUCUACAUUACCCCACAAGCGCAGGGGACAGGUUUAGUUUGUGGCACUGUGCUGUGGUCACAAUCCUUUUUGUGGCAUUAUUCAUACAAAUUCUCAUCUAUAGCAACCGGAAGUUACUCUUGGUUGCCACUUACACCAUCUUUCUCCUUAUCUCGAUCGUUCCUCUGAUGAUUAUCAAUUCCAUCCCCGACCAUGGACCUCGAGAUCUUUGGUGUUCUGGGGAUCUUCUGUCAAGCUCGUGAGAUCUUGGUUGCACCAAUUUCAAAUGCGCUGAGUGUGCAGAGUUUGGCUACGCAAGCUCUCAUCUUCACUCUCGUCUCAGUGACAUGGAUACCGAGUCUUACAUUUCCGUAUGAGAAAUUGGAGGGUCAUUACAACUGGAAUACCUUUACUGUGUGGUACGGGGCUGUUGGUUUCAUCAUCGUUGACAGCUUCGUCUUCGCCCUCGGCCAGGCAGUACUUCUGUUACUGGCCUUGCAUCGCUCCUCUUCGAGCAAAGCCACUGUACAGCGGGGCACCGAGACAGAGCCGCUUUUGGGGCAUCCGGCUGAGAUGUGAAUAUCCAG